AAAGGAGGAAAGAUCCCUCAAAUUCUGAAGACGUGGAGACUUUAUCAGACAACUUAACCUCUGAGAACAGCCAGCAGUUAACACGCACAGUAGCAAAAAUGGUGAACUCUGGGGUUGCCGUGGUUACAGUGAGCCAGCAAACUGACCUGGAAGAUGCUAACCAAGGCUCAGCAAAACAGUCCAAAACUCCAUCUCCAGGAAUGAAAGCUAAGCCUAGUGAGAAGCCCCUAGAAGAAGAACCCAGGGAGGAGGAAACACCAAAGCUCCUGGAACUCCCUCUUUUUCCAAAGGACGUUGCCUGGGAAAAGAGAAACAGGAAAACAAGUUUGGCCAAGCAAAGGGCUGAAGACAGGAAGGAAGUCUUUGACUUUGAAAACUCAGACUCUUCAAGUCAUGAAAAGGUUGCUGAAGCCAAAGGAAAGAUUCUUGGUCAGAAAGCUUCUUCACAAAGUCAGAGGACUUAUGAAGUAAAAAACAAGAACAAGGAAUCAAACAAGCUCGAGAGAAGGCAGUCCAGUUACAGGAAACAUCUUUUUUCUGAAAGCAACAAUGAAAAUACAAGCACUGGUCAGAGUGAAAAAAGCUGGAUCCUUGACUCUCAGAUACAGUCGGUGCCAAAAUCUGUUGACUAUACCCGAAAAAGAACAAGGGUGAGAAGUAAAUUGAAAGUGCUUCCAAUGUCUUCCGCAAGUAGUGGCAGUGACUACGCGUCAAAGAAGGGGGGAGAAUCAAGGAAAAGAAUUAAAAAGGAGAUGCUAAGGGAAAAAAGCAGAUUUAGCACCAAGGGAGGUGAUUUACCUACAGUGGAUCAUGCUGAUGAAACGCUCUCAAAAGAGCCCAAAGAGGAUUCGCUAUCACCAGGUGCGUCUGCCAGGGGCUAUUCCAGUGAUGUGGAGAAGGCCGUGCAGAAGUUACAUGAAGCACCUGGAAAUUUGACUAGAGAAGAAGAAAGUACUAAGCGAAAGGACUCAGAUAUGUUAGAAAGCUCUGUCAUAAAAAAGCUUAAAUUUUCCAACUGGGAGGCAAAUCAUUCAUCUUCUGACACUAACUAUAAACCAAGGAAAAUUUUUGAUUCAGUAGAAGAGGAAGCAGAGAUCCAAAAAGGUCAGGAAAUGGAUGAUAGUGUGGGUGAUGUGUUUUUUUCCAAGAUGCAACAUGAAGACUUCAGUCAUUCAGGAGUGAUUACUGCAUUUGAAAGCUUUGUUGACCAGCUGAAGAAACUGUUCUGGGCACGGUACAAAAGGAUGGAGAUCAGCACACAGAAUGCUCUGAGGUCUUCGGAGAAGAACUUGUCUGCCCUGCUGAACCAGAUACACCAGUGCAGGCUUAAUAAACUUGAGACCUUCCAGAAGAUUGUCGUUGAAGAGCUUUCCAGUCUUGAGAAGGAAACUCAAAUUUUGGCAAACAUGGAGAAGGACGCAGUGGACUUUUGGAAUGCACAUCUGCUCAAGCUGAAUUCUUUCUGCAACCAACAAAAACAAAGUACGAACACCCAAUGAAGAAGGCAGAAGAAAGCAAUGUGUUCGUGGUUCCUUCUGACUAGCAACCCCCUGAAUUCAUUAUUACUCUUAAAAUUUGACAACCUUGUGUAUGCAGCAUAGAGAAGAUGGUUCUGUGAAGGAUGUCAAUGUAUUUUUAAAUGCAAAGAAAAAAGGGGAGGAAAAAAC